AUGGGCGUACAACUUCCCGAACUGCAGUUCACUCCCCUGGAGGAUAUCCCCGGGCGCGCCUCCAUCGCCCGUAAGGCCUUCUUGGAGCACAAGACCCGCGAUGUCGAGUUUCGCCUCGUCCAGCUGCGGAAGCUCUACUGGGCCAUCAAGGACCACGAGGAGGAGAUCGUCGAAGCAUGCGCCCAAGAUCUGCACAAGCCACGCUUCGAGGCCGAGGUUGCAGAGAGCGGAUGGCUCCUCAACGACAUCGUUUUCACCAGUCGCAAUCUUCACAAAUGGGUCAAGGAUGAGAAGGCUCCCGAUAUCGAACUUUCCUUCAAAUUCAUGAGCCCCAAGAUCAGAAAGGACCCGCUCGGUACUGUGUUGGUUAUUGGUGCCUUCAACUUCCCCUUCCAGCUGACUCUCGGACCCGUCAUUGGCGCCAUCGCCGCCGGAAACACCGUCAUCAUCAAACCCAGUGAGAAUGCGCCCCGCAGUGCUGCUGUCAUGCAGAAGAUCUGUGAGGCCGCUCUCGACCCCUCCUGCUACCCCGUUAUCCAGGGUGGAGUUCCCGAGACCCAGGCUCUGCUGGCCGAGCGAUGGGAUAAGAUUUUCUUCACCGGCGGUGCGACUGUUGGUCGUAUCAUCGCGAAGGCCGCUGCCCCGCAUCUGACCCCCGUUGUUCUCGAGCUGGGUGGUAUCAACCCGGCCAUUGUUACCAAAAACGCUGACCCGCGCCUGGUGGCACGUCGCAUGCUGUGGGGUAAGCUCAUGAACGCCGGUCAGGUGUGUACUUCCCAGAACUACCUGCUGGUUGACAAGUCGCUCGUGUCCCGGGUUGUCGAGGAGUUCAAGAAGGCCUAUAAGGAGUUCUACCCCAAGGGUGCCAAAGAAUCCCCCGAUUACUCGCGCAUUGUCAAUAUUGCCGCUUUCCAGCGUCUCAAGGGCAUGCUGGAUAACACCAAGGGCAAGAUCCUGAUGGGAGGUACCAUGGACGAGAAGGAGCUCUUCAUUGAGCCUACCGUUGUCCAGGUUGAGUCGGUCGACGACUCACUGUGCACCCAGGAAAGUUUCGGUCCCUUCAUUCCUAUCCUCCCCGUUGAGAACUUGGAUGAGGCCAUCAACCUCGCCAACGGCGUCCAGAGCACCCCGCUGGGUCUAUACCCCUUCGGUAACAAGGCCGAUAUUGCGAAGAUUUUGAGCUCCACUCGCUCCGGUGGUGUCUCUUGCAAUGACGCCGCCCUCCACGUGCCAACCCUGCCCUUCGGUGGUGUUGGUGAGAGUGGCUACGGUGCCUACCGAGGCCGCUCCAGUUUCGAUGUUUGGGUGCACCGUCGCCCCAUCACAUCCAGCCCUGGCUGGCUCGAAGCUAUUCUGUCCAUUCGUUACCCGCCUUAUGCUGGCAAGCUGAGCAAAUUCAAGGCAGCCAGCGCCUUGGCCCCCGACUUUGACCGAGACGGCAAGAAGGUUACCCUGGGCUGGCUGCGCUAUUUCCUCACUCUGGGUGGAGGAAGCGCGAAGUCCGGUGCCGGCCGUGCUGCAGUCGUUGCUGCCAGUGAGUAA